AUGGAGAAAGUUCUUAGAUCAUUGGAUCCAAAAUUUGAGCAUAUUGUUACCGUCAUCGAGGGGACAAAAGACUUGGAGGCUAUGACUAUAGAGCAACUUCUUGGGUCAUUGCAAGCCUAUGAAGAAAAGAAGAAGAAGAAGGAAGAUAUCGCAGAACAAGUACUCAAGAUGCGUAUCGAUCAUGAUAAAGAAGAAGGUGGUCGAAGCCAUCCAAGACGAGGCGGGAGUCAAGCCCGAGGACGAGGUCGUGGAUAUGGAAAAGGACGACGUUGGAGACCAAAUGAAGACCGCACCAACAAAAGAAGAGAAAAUUCAUCAAGAGGCGGUGGAAGAGGAAGUCCAAAAUCAAGGUACGAUUAG